AUGUCAGUAGGUAUCUACGGUGGUUUCGGCCGUUCAAACUUGCAUGUCUACCGGACAACUCGACCGCUCAACAUCAUCUACUUCGAUGGUCAGUCCGCUACACUGACCGCCCUGGGCACAUUAGACUCUCAGAUAUCGAUUCUUCAAGGCCGUGUCCCACUUUAUCCAGACUACGACCUCAUCUACGAUGAAGACCAACGCGCUCUUGAUCUCUGCGAACUGGUAAAGAAGCUAGGAAUUGAUGGAGUGGUUCGAAUGGACGCCGGUUUUGAAGUCUUGGUGUGCGAUUACCAUGCUUCUCGGCUCCAACCGCUCUUCGUCACCAAUAUCACUGUGCCCGGAAACAUGGAAGAGGACCCAGAAGGUCUUCCACGCGACCCAAAUCGCCAACCACCCAGAGGUUUCGGCAAUGUAUUCUCGGAGCAGGGCUCAUAUGAGUGGCUCCGUAGUGCGUCGUGGCAUUAUGGUCGGGAAGGCGGCCUGGCAGAAAACCGAGUCCAGCUGGACAUCUGCCGCAUGGUCUCCUUUUAUGACCCAGAACUUACGAGUCUUGCAAAAUCGCACCACGGGAGGCUUGUUGGUAACUACAGCUUUGUCAACGGAUGGGGGUUUAGAAAAGGACACCGACUUCUCGACAUACAACCAGAUGAUGUGAACCGCGUGCGCUCAUGGUUGCAGACCAUCACAUCAUCUACUACUUCAAAGGAGAACAGGUGUUCGGGCAUAAAUUGGCAAGCCAUUUUCACCACCAUCCACGCACAACACGGCACCCGGGCCCGUGAGAUUGGCGCAGCGUUUGAGUGGAAAUCAGGAACCGAGGCCGAGCGGAAAGCGAUUAUUACCAAGGUCCAUGAGCUUACACAUGCGAUCCUGGCCCCGUAUCUCGAGUACAUAGUCUCCGAUUCGGACAAGUCCCUGACGCCGAGAGAGCAGACUAUUGCCCGGUGUUCUACAGUGUACACGGCGGGCAUGGACUUGACGACCUUGGGUCGGUCGGAGGUCCUUCUAUAUCACUCACUCAACAUUGUCACCGAGAGGCUUUGUACAUGGGAAUGGGACCUCUUCGAGUGGAGUGAGAAACACACUACAAACUACUGGGGUGAUCAGCCUGGCGAUGCUAAGAUCUCGGCUUGGCUCAACGAUGAAGAAGUAGCACGAUACAGACAGCUCAGCGAAGACACUCUGUCAUUGAUCGGGUGGGAUCUCUGGACAAAGUGUGACAGACAGUGCAUGUUCGAUGAGAUCUGUGCAAUCCCGACCUGGCCAGUUGUCUAUGCUCCGGGUUUGCCACAGGGCGGAAUUUACUCUGCCCACCCUCCGAAGCUUUCAGAAGACGAGAUGCUUGACUUUUGGAGACCAAAAUGCAUCAAUCGAGCAGACUUUGAUCGCGGGGGCGGACGUGGAAGGGACCCAAUCCAUCAGUUUCCCGAUGUCCCGCCGUACUAA